UAUAAACUUACUUUUUUUUUUUCAAAACACGAAACGAAACCAAAUAGCAUGAUACCUAUGCUCAACGGAUUAAGGUACUGGCUGCUAGUAAUAAUGGCGGUAGUGGUAGUAUCAGGCCACAACAGCAGCAACAGCACACGGAUGACCCGGCUCCGUCCUUAUGCAUGACAGCAGGUGGUGAAGAAUCCGAUGGUUCACAACCGCCAACUCCAUCGUCUACCUCCUCCAUCACUGAUCGUUGGGUCAUUCGCAAUUCACCUUCGUCAUCGUCUACUACUACUACUACUUCAACAACCUCUUCUUCUUCUGGUAAUCGCAAAGAAGCUUCGGCUACUACUAUUUUGAACGAAGAAGAAAAAAAGAUUCCAGCUACACAACAACCACCGAAACUAUUCUUAUCGUCCUUACCAACAACCACCAUAUCUACUGAAGACGACGUAAACGAUCACGAUGAUAUUGUUGAGCAACAGCACAAACCAACAACAGCAACAACAACGAAUCAAUCAUCGUCAAAAUCAUCAUCAUGUUGUACAUCCUAUUAUUGGGCCAUGAUGAAGCGAUUAAAGCAAAGCAUGGUCCAAGGCGGCUAUAUCACCGACAGACUCUAUGUGCCCAAACAAUUAUGGUACAACCAGCAGGGCAAUUCAACAUUACCAAAUCUCGACCACAAACUGGCCCUGGCAGAGCAUUUGCUCGGCAUCUUGAAAAGCCUCAAGCAACAACAGAGCUAUCAUCAAAAAAUGGACGCCAUGAGGACCAUGAAAGCCCUUCAGGCACUUGAAGAAGCAUUGAUUAAGGCACCUUGCUCUUCCAUACCACCGAUGGCGACGGCAGUCCACUCUCCAUCUUCUUCUUCUUUACCCCAUGGAAUGACAACGACGAUCAUCAAUAACACGACUAAAAAAUGGCGCGCUUCUUUAGGGCGCCAGAUACAAGCGGCUUCUGCAUGGAAAAAUAGCAAAUUUGUCGAUCGUAUACGACCGGAUCAUCACACUGCACCAAAGAUGAUGUACGUAAUAAAAGCCCGUGUUACUGGGCUACUAGUAGCAGUAGUAGGCCAAACAUUGUGCUAUUUACCAACAAGAAGAUAUAUAUUAGUUGUACUCAUAGCAACACGAUGUGUUUUUCAUUAUAGUGACGAUCGAUACCACAUGUACAUCCGUACUUUGAUCAAGCUUUUCUCCGCUGCACAAAUCCUUGAUGCAUGGCAUGCCGAAUAUUCAAUGGAUCGGAAUACCUCAAUACACCAACAAAUCCUCGUUAAAAUCGAACUAUGUGCCGACAUGUUGGGCCACAUUGUGUGCACGAAUGUAUUGAACGACUUUAAGAUCUUAUGGGAAGCCUGGGUUGAUCGCGGCAAUCAGUAUAUGGAUGAUUGAUAAUUGAUUUUGAAGAUGAUAUAACUGUAAUAUGUAUAUUUUAAAAAAACAGGAUGAGGAUAUAUAGAAGAGGGUGUGUUGUUUGUAUACAUAUAUAUUCCUUCGUUCUUCUUUUAAACCACCACCACUACUACUAUCACUGCUAUUUACUUCUACUUCUUUGUGUCCCCCAACAUACAUCUCGUUUCUAUUUGUAUUAAAGAAAAUAAAACUCCUGACAAAAUAAAGACUCGACUGUGUGUAAUUCUUAUUAUUUACGUCCACCACCACCUCCCAUUCCUGCAGCUGUCGUUUUCCGCGGUGCUACCCGUGCA